CACUGAAAAUGCAAUUUCUUCCAUUGACAAAUGGGUGUGGAGGGCCUAUCCUUUGACUGAGUUCUUGAUUCUCAAGAACAAUAGCUUGAGGAGGCUGGACAAUACAUCUCUAGAUGGCUUGUUUUUACUCGUUCACCUGGAUGUCUCAUAUAAUCAAAUCCAGACCAUUGAGACAAAUGCAUUUGAACAUCUUCCAUUUCUGGAAUCUAUCAAUCUCCGGGGCAACUAUAUUUUGCGGAUAAUGCAAGGGGCCUUUCAGUCCUGGCAUGGGAUGAUGUUUCUAUCCAAGGUGAAUCUCAACCAUAAUCCACUGAGAGAGAUUGAGGAUUCCCAUUUCUACAGAUUGCCCUCAGUGGAAUUCCUAGACCUUAGUUCUACAGAAAUAACUCCAGGCAUAGUACAGAAAUUGCUCAAAAUUUCCUUGAAGUUGAAAACUCUUGUCUUGCCUAGGAAAAUGUCCUACAACCUUCGCAAGAUUAUGGGUUCCAUUGGAGUCUUGCAUAAAACUACCAAGUUAGAUUGCACCAAAAAUUGUCACUUAAAUAUCAUUGACUACGAGAAAGAGGAACUUUGGGGAACUGUGCAAGAUGAAGUAAUGAAAGCAGGAAACAGGAAACAAUUUGCCAGCUUAAGAAAAUUAAUUCCUGAUGAAUUUGUGACUACGACGCAGUCUGUUGAAAACCUGAUGGAGAACCUGGAUACAUUAGCCAAUUUGCAACAGGUGGAUCAUAAAACAAAAAUAGCAGAAAGUGAAGAGGAGGAUCAAGAGUUACAGGUCAAACUAGAAAACCUCCUCACCUACUUAAUUUUAGAAAGCAAAUCCAGAAUUCCGACUGAUAACUCAGAAAUGUUUAAUGAAGUCUUGCCUGAUAAAGCAUUGUGUCAUGAGAAACAUUGCGAGCAUCAGGAUCAAACUACCUCUGUUCCCCUCUCACUUGACUUUUUAUCAGACAGUGAUGACAGUGAUCUCUUUGAAGCUGCGUUGAACAGACUAUUGGCAUUUCUCAUCCCAAAUGACCUAAUUAGGAACAUCUCUUCCCAGAUGAUCUUGCAUUUUGUCUUUGUAAAGCUGGUGGUGCUAUACGGUUCAGAACAGGAAGCCAGCAAGUUGGGGUGA